AUGGACACCAGGGCAAUUGUCAAGGCUACAGGUUUCCUUGUGCUAACGGUCAUCAGCAUCCCAUCCAAUCUGUUUAUCUGCUGCGCUUUCCUGCACACUCGGCUCACUGAGGCCAAGCUUACGCCAGCAGACAUCAUCCUGUGCCACCUGGCUUUUGCCAACUUGAUGUCAGCUGUUACCCGCAGUUUCCCGCAGAUGCUGACGGCGUUUGGCUGCCAGAACUUAUUUGAUGAUUUCGGCUGUAAACUGUUUGUCUACGGCUUCCGUGUUUUCCGCGGCCUUUCGAUAAAGCUCACUUGUUUACUGAGCACCUACCAAGCUGUGCUCGUCUCACCUGCCACAUCCAAGCUUAACUCACUAAAACUUUAUAUUCCGAAGUACCUGUGGCACAUUUUUAUUAGCCUCUAUGUGUUUUGCUUCAUAACCAGCGUCCAUCCAAUUCUUUACUCCUCAUCAAAACCCUUUAAUAACACAAUUCCUCCCUUCAGUUUCAAUCAUGAGUUUUGUUAUGUCAUAUAUCCAGAUUAUACUGCCUUCAUUUCUAUUGGCUUGUCUCAUUUUUUCAAGGACUUUGCCUUCAUAGCAACAAUGGCAGGCAUGAGCGGUUAUAUCCUGAUUCUUCUCUACCGGCAUGGUAAAAGAGUGAAGAGCCUCCGAAGCUCAGACCACGGAAACUCAGGAUCAAGGGCAGAGAGUAAGGCCUCCCGUGCAGUGGUCACUUUGGUUAUCCUUUACACUGUCUUCUUUGGGGUGGACAAUGCCAUUUGGCUCUAUUCCCUGACCAUUGUUAGAGUGGCACCCCUUAUUUCUGACAUCCGAGUUUUCUUUUCCAUUCUCUACACAUCUGUGUGUCCAGUUGUGGUCAUCGUCACCAACCCCAAAGUGAAGGCAAAGCUGAAAAUAAGCAGGCUUAAGAAGCUCCCACCUUCCACAGAUACCAGCUCUUCUAGCUUAUAG